UCUCUGUCUCUGGCAAGGGGUGUGCGUUUAGAUCCCUAGAUACCGCCUGGCCGGGACAAUAUUACCGAUCGCUUGCUGGGUGGGCAGUGACUUGCUCUAAACUUCGGAUGUUGACUGAAGAAGGGGGGGGCGGGUUGGGACGUGGGCGGCGUUUGUCCGACUGGAAUGGGAAACACUACACCGCUCUGCUGAACCACUGGAAGGGUGAGCUCUGCCCCCCAGGGCCAGCUGCCCGCUCCCCCUCCCCGCUGGCCGGGUAUAAAACCAUCGCUAGGGGACGCAGCCCUCCCUGUCUGCAGCUUCCUCCCAAGCGGCAAACCAGGAGACUAACCGUUCGGAGUAGCUGCGCCAGGCUGAGCUGAAGGUGCCCCCGCCUCCCACCUGCCCCGCCCGCCCCGGGCAGUGGAGCCCAGCUCUCCCCGGCACCAUGGCCGCAUGUGAGCUGACCGAGCUGGAGACGGCCAUUGAGAAAAUUGUCAGCAUCUUCUUCACCUACGCGGCCCAGGAGGGCAAGAAGGGGACCCUGACGGCUGGGGAGUUCAAGGAGCUGGUCACUCUGCAGCUGCCCAACCUCAUGAAGGACGUGGGCUCCCUGGAUGAGAAGAUGAGCAGCCUGGACGUGAACAACGACGAGGAGCUGAAGUUCAGCGAGUACUGGCGGCUGAUUGGGGAGCUGGCCAAGGACAUCAAAAAGGAGAAAGUGGGGAAGAAGAAGUGAUCGGGGCAGGGAGGGCUGGAGGGGCAUCCUGGGCUGCUCGGGGCCGACCUGCUCACUCCAGCCAUGAAUAAAGCGUUCCCUCCA